GUGUGUGUGUGUGUGUGUGUGUGUGUGUGUGUGUGUGAGAGAGAGUGAGAGGCUGAAAUCUGACGCCCCCUCAGGUCAGCCCCCCUCCACACUUUUCUGCAGAUGGUGAGGAAGUACAAGCAGACUCAGAGAACAGGACAGUUUUGGUGAGGAAGACGUCUGGACUCUUUCUCGCGGGACACAUUUGGAGUCUCUGAAGAGAAGAGCUCACGAACCGUCUGACCUCCGGCCGUCUCUGGGUGGGUGACCACCCGUCGAGUACUCGCAGCACCAACCGGACGACGGCAGAGGUAAAACAUCCAGAGGUGAAGCUCGGCGGAGCGCCCAUGUCGCUGUCAGCUGACCUGAGCUGCCUGCAGGGCAGCAGAGGCGCCGAGCGCGAGGUGGCGCUGACCACGCUGGAGAAACAGCUGAUCUGCCCCAUCUGCCUGGAGAUCUUCAACAAACCCGUCGUCAUCCUGCCGUGCGAGCACAACCUGUGCAGGAAGUGUGCCAACGAGCUCUACCAGCCGUCUCUGUUCCACGCUCGGACCACCAUGUCGGUGAACAGCGGGCGUUUCCGCUGUCCGUCCUGCAGACAAGAAGUGCUGCUGGACCGCCACGGCGUCUACGGCCUUCAGCGAAACCUGCUGGUGGAGAACAUCAUCGACAUCUACAAAGAGGAAAUCAACAGCACCAGGCCCCUCCCUCCGCCUUCACCUCCACCUCCUGCUCAUUCAACAUGCUCCGACCACGAGGGAGAAAAGGUGAACAUCUACUGCCUCACCUGUCAGGUUCCCACCUGCUCGCUCUGCAAAGUCUUCGGGGCCCAUCAGUCCUGCGAGGUGGCUCCUCUGAGCGCCAUCUACCAGCAGCAGAAGGACCAGCUGCGCGAAGGCGUCGCCUCUCUGAGGGCGUUCAGCGACAAAGUCCAGACUGUGAUCAAUGAGCUGGAGGAGACCUGCAGACACAUAGAGGAGAACUGCAGCAUUCAGAAACAGAGCGUGUGCGAGAAGUUCAACCGCAUGUUCUCCAUCCUGGAGGAAAGACAGAAGGCGAUGGCGCAGCGAAUCAGCUCUGAGCAAGAGGAGAAGACGGGCCACGCGCGGGCGCUGGUGCGUUGCCAUGAUGACAGCAUGGCAGCCAACAGCAGGCUGGCGGAGAGCGCCGCGAGCAGCAUGGAAGAGCCCAACAUGGCCGCCUUUGUUCAGAGUUCAGCAGAGAUGAUCACAAAGGUGAAGGCGGCGAGUGCCUCGGGUCCGUCCGAGACGCUGAGACCAGGUUACAAGCGCCUGAGUCGUUACAGGGUUAACUUCAGCGAGCAGGAGAGGGCGCUGAAGAGCAUCGACUUCAUCAAAGCAUCAUGGUUUUGUGAUAUCUCUCCAGUCGUGAAGGAUGUUCCUGAAGAACCAGAGCCAAAAGAACCCAAAGAUUCUUUGAUCCAGAACACAGAACCAAACGGCAACCAGCAGGCCGCAGAGGAGGUUUCAGAGCAGGAGACUCCUGAGCUGGACUCGGGUCAUAUCACGGAGGGAGAGGAGGAAGCCGCCGCCGAGCUAGCUAAAGAGGGCGGCGAACGGCAGGAGGGAAUGAGCACACAGCAGGCUGUCACACUGUUCUUCUACCUGCUCGCCCUCCUGGUCAUCCUGCAGAGGGCGUGGGCUUACGUCGGCUGCUUUAUUUGCACAUAAACGCCACACGGAGCCGCACGAACAUCACUGCCGCACAGCUCAGGAUUCAGGAGACUCGUACUGCUCACGCUCACCUCCACCUGCUGUCCCUCCAGGAGGGAGACCCACGGCCCCCGCAUCGCUGCCUCCACCUCCUCCACUUCCUCCUCAUCUGCCCAGUUUUUCUCCUGGCUGAGCCCCACCCACAACAAGAGUUAGGCGGUGGGUGGAUGGUUGGGGGGGAUUCCUCUGAGAGAUGUUUGGUUGUUUGGGCUCUUAUUUUGAAAUUGUGCCUGAGAAAUUACAUUUUUGGGCUCGUUUUUGUAGAAAGUGUGACAGACGAUCGCUGACCUGACAGGAAGUGAAAGCAGAGAAAUAACGAGGUUCACAGGCCGAGGAGGCGUGAUACAUUUAUGUGCGUGUGUCGUGAUGAUGAUGAUGAUGAUGCUUCUCACAUAUUCAUUGUUGAUUUUUAAAUAAGAAUUUUUCUGAUGCUGAUUUUGUUUCAUGACUGACUCAUUCAGUCUUUGGACACUUUGAGUUUCUGUGUGUUUUGUCAGUGAUGCCUGAGAUUAGGGACAAAACAGGUUUUAAUUUUCUAAAAAAUAUUUUUGAUUUUUCAAAAUCAUAUUUACAUAUAAUUGUUACACAAAGUUUUGGCUGUCUCACCAUGUUUUGGUCUCCCAGGUGUAACAUUUUUUAAUAAUUUAUGUUUUUGCUGGAGAAGUGCAACGUUUUUGUCAACACCAUCAGACACAAAGAAAUGCAAAAUAUAUAUUUUAAAUAAAGUGUUUCAGCUAGUUUGACUUUUAGCAGCUUCUCUGUUCUACUGUUUAUGCUUUCAAACUAAUUAUACCACAUUUAAAAGUAAGAUUGUUUGGCUUUUUGUUAUUAGAGUUACAGUCGUACAUAUUUUCAGAAGCUUGUAUUUAAUCUCUAUAAGAAACAAUCAUAUUUAGCAGCAUGAAAAUUACACAUUUAUUGAGAAAAGUAACUUUUUUUAUUGGAAUAUCAUGAGGGAGCAAAACAUAUGGUUCUUCAAAAGGGAAAAAUAAACAAAAACCCAGAAUUUUGGAGUUGAUAAGGUGUUGACGGUGGAAGCGUUAGGAAGGUUACUUUUCAAAUGUAUUCCACUACAGAUUACAGAUUACAUGUCCCAAAAUGUAUUUUGUAACAUAUUCCGUUACUCAAUGAGAGUAAAUCAUCGACUUUAGUGGCUGUGACGCAGUUUUAUCACAAAGUUGUGCCAUAAAUGUAAUUAAAACAAAAAAACUCACCAUGGCAUGUGCAU